AUGUCAUCCGGAGUCGAGAUUAUCAACGGCAAGAAAACAUUCAUCCCGAUCGAAAACAACCCCGAAGUCCUCUCCCGACUAUCCCGCAACCUUGGCGUCUCCACAGCACUCACAUUCCAUGACAUAUUCGACCUGAACAUCAACAAUGACACGUCAGAGAUCUCCCUCCCCCGUCCCAUGAACGCCCUGAUUUUCCUCUGCGUCUCUCCCAUCUUCGACCCUGUCCGCUCGCACCUGAAGUCCACCCUCCCCACCUACACGGGCCACGGGCCCUCGGAACCGAUCAUCUGGAUGAAACAAACGAUCGGACACGCUUGCGGGCUGAUGGCGCUUCUCCAUUGCAUCUUGAACCUUGAUGACGGGAAACACAUAACGUCUGGUUCGAAGCUGGACGAGCUACGCAAGAAGGUUAUCGAGUUGCCUCCCAAGGAACGCGCUCAGGCACUCUACGACUCGCAAUUUCUAGAAGAUGCGCACAUGGAUGCCGCCGUCCAAGGUAGUUCGAGUGUUCCUAGCGCCCGAGAGAACCCGAGCGGGCAUUUCAUUGCGUUUGUGAAGGACGCGCGGGGGAAGGUGUGGGAGUUGAAUGGGGGUUUGCCGGGGCCGUUGGAGAGGGGCGAACUGGGACCGGACGAUGAUUUAUUCAGUCCCGAGGGCGUCAGAUUGACCGUUGGAGAGUUCAUGGAUGUUGCGAAGACGGUGGAUGGCGGGUGGGGUAUUUCAAUCGUGGGUUUGGGCGUGGAUAAAGCUUAG